AACACGUGCUUCAAAUUCAAGAUGGCGGACGACGGCAGUGAAGAAGAAGCCAGUCAAUCAACUUUAACUUUAGCUCUUGAUUCCAACAAGCAGAAAGAAUUUGAAGAUAAAGUUAAAAAGCUAAAAGCACAGGUAAGUACAUUUUUUGUCUUGAAAGGUGGUAAGAAACACGGUUUAGUUCUUAUCGUCCUUAUGCCUUUGUUUAAUAGACAUCUGGCAAAUUUCAUAUGGUAUUUGUGUUGUUUUUCCAGGCUGAAGACUUAACCCCCGGUGUAAUUUACCUCGGUCACAUUCCACAUGGGUUUUAUGAGAAUCAAAUUCGUGACUUUUUCUCACAGUUUGGCACUGUAAAUAAAGUCAGACUCUCAAGAUGUAAGAAGGUAAAUACUAACAAUGAUAAGAAAUAUUGCUGCUGGAACAGUUUCUUCAAAGAAACUAUUUUUUUUUUUAGAAUUUAGUGCGUCUUGUGUAAAUUUGAUUGAAUGACAUUUGUUCCCAUACUGUGCUGAUUAAUCAGAGCACCUGCUGGAGCUCAACAUGAAUGAAAAGAGAUUUCUCCGAAAAUCAAUAAAGAUGAAUUAACCAAGUACAGCAAGUUUUCACGAAUGUUUAUUAUAAUGCGACCACUCAGUAAACAUACAGGAGCAAAAAUCAACCUUUUUGAAUUGAUUCAAUGUUUUAGUUUGUGGAAAGUCAGAAAGGGGCUGAACUAGGUAAACAUAGCCUGCAUUGCAGCUGACCCACACAUUGUCUAAACCAUUCGUGUAGACCGUGUGCAAAUGAGUGCACCAAAGCUCGUUCUGAUAUCCAGCAUAGUUGCAAGGAUAUAUGUGAGCGUUUUUGAUAGGCGGGUUUCUUACACACCUCACGAUUGGCCCAAUUGUUAUGUGUGUGUGAUGGUUGGGCGCAGUGAGAUGUCAAAGUUCACAGUGUGAAGGGAGUUGGCAAGGAGUGUUUCAAUAAACAAUGAAAGAGCAGUUCGAACUUGAAAGCCUUCUUCUGAACAAAAAAAAAAUGCUUUGAGAGAAUUCCUUCAAGGAAACAUAUCAACGUAAAUUUGGUUUUCCAGCGUCUUCCAUCCGCUGUAGAUGCACUGCCCUGUAUUCUGCAAUCUAGUCGACAGUCCUAGUGUCAAAACAAAUCAAGAAAUCAUGAUAUUCAGAGACAAAAAAAAACUAAACUCGCGUCAGACACAUAGCUAUUCAGGUCCAGGCAUUUCGGAGAAAACCAAAGACACUAACCAGCUUCCUGGACUCAAAGCAGCAAAAAUGAUUUGCUCAUUCAAAGUUUAGAAUAUUUCAUGCACUGCAUAAGCAACAAAGACCUCUGUUGUUCAAGCUCUAAGGUCACGUUUCACUCUAUCACAAGCUCGUUCUCUCUUGUCAGGAGCCAUGAGUCAUGGUUUGGCCUGUCAACACUUUGCUUCAAAUCAGACUAAUCACAAACUGAGUAAGAAACUAGCCAAUCAAAAACGCCAACGUAUGUCCAAACACAAUUUUGUGCACAUAAUCUUCAUAAUGUAUGUAAUAAUUUCUAAAACUUUUAUUAAGAGUGAUUCACUGUAUCACCUUGAAAUUUCAAGACAAAUCUAUCCUACUUACCUGUCAAAAAUCUGCAUUACAACAUUCACUGUUUUGACGUUAUGCUAAUUUUUCCAAAAUAAUGCACACUAUACAUACCUCCAUUACUAGUACAUUUUAGUUUGAAUUUAUCGCAUCUUUUGAAUGUAAAAUUUUGACAAUACUCACACUGGAAUGUACUAGUCAUUGAUAUAUGUAUUAGUCAUUUCUUGAUUUAGAAAGUACUGAAGUUGAUUAUUUUUGUUAGCUUUUCUGGUUGAAUAGUUUUGAGUUUUUACUUUGUUCUAACCUUCAGACUGCAAGAUCAAAAGGUUAUGCCUUUGUUGAAUUCGCUUGUGAUGAAGUGGCCAAAAUUGUAGCUGAAACUAUGCAUAACUACAUGAUGUUUGGAAAAUUAUUAAAAUGUGAGUAUAAAAAAGCAAAAGAUUUUAGUUAACAUAUAGAAUAACAUCGUUACUACAUGUAUCACUGUUCAAGGCUGUGCUCAAAGAAAUUGAAGGGAGCCCAGAUGCUCAUGAGUUAACUGUUUAGUCUGAAAGCACAACUACUGUCAAGAGUAAAAGCACAUUUACUGAAGCCAUAUGCUACAAUCAUAUUUCCUUGUGGCUCAAAAAGUGUGCAAAAGAAAUUUGCAAAGCAUUCAUUUCUGUAAUAGCUUGCUGAUGUUAGCAAGAGGGUGUGAAAUGUUUGUGGACAUCUUGUCUCAGAUUUCUUAGUUAUUUAGUGAUAAGGUUGAUGCACUGUCAUAUACAGUAAAAAUCUGUGACUAAACACCUGCAUUUUUUUCCAAGUUGAGCAUUGUAUCACUUCAGGACAUCUCAAAGAAGAAGUAUUUACAGAAUUAUUUAUAAUCAUGUAAUAAAGAUUAAAAGAUUUUAAGACGGAAUCCAUUAGGAAAUUGAGUAAUUUUAAUUUUUAGUGGACAAAAAGCUUGUACCAGAAUUAAUUUAAAGUAUAUUGUAUUCUUUUUUAAAAUUUUCGAGGGCUAAAGAUGUAAUUAGUCAUCUGUAAUAACACUAAAGAAAAUUUCUGAUGAGUGCCCUAGAAAAUGAAUGUCAAAUUUCACAAAAUUACAUCUUACACAUGAAAUUUUCAAAAUUUUGCUUGUAUUUUCACAAUUAUUGUGAAAUUUGAUGUUCAUUUUCUUGGACUCCCAUGAGAAAUUUUCUUUGGUGUUAUUACAGAUGACUCAUAAGAUCUUUAGCCCUUGAAAAAUGCAAAAAAUAAUGCAAUAGUCUUUAAAUUAUUCUGGUACAAGGUUUUUGUCCACUGAAAAUUAAUAUUACUCAAUUUCCUGGUGGAUUCUGUCUUAAUACUAUAAAAAGCCACGACUAAUGGCUGAAUGGCUGUUUAAAACUUCUUCAGUUACUUGCUGGUGAUUAGCUUGAAAUUCUGGUUGCCAGCUCUCAAUAAAAUAUUUCUAGGUUGCUUGGCAACCAGCUGGUCACAAUUUUGGACCCUUUACAUAAGAAAAUAGUAGGGAGAAUUAAGCAGUUAAUUACACGUCACUUACACCUUAAAUGUUCAUUUUGUUUUUGAAAACUUUGUAGACGUUGUAGGUUAAUGCAAAAAAUUAUGGCUCUAGACAGUAUUUCUACAGUAAUCCAUGUGUCUCAAUUUUUCCUGAAUUGCUUUGAAAUAGUUUCUUAUAAGUUUUCCUUUUACAAUAUUCUAUUGAUACUUCCACACACUAAUUUUGCUGAAAAAUUACUGACUUUGGACUGUGGCUUAAAUGUUUUCGAGAAAUGUUGUUUUUUUCUUUUUCAGGCAAAGUUAUUCCCAAUGAAAAAGUUCAUCCAAGACUUUGGAAAGGAUCAGACAGAAAGUUCCGUUACAUAAAUUGGAAGAACGCUGAAAAAAAGAAACAGAACAAGGUGAUGAUUGAUAGCCCCUGAAAACAGCCAACAUUUUGCAAUGCCCCACUGGUUUCCCCACAAAAUGACCCCUGAUGAACGAGCACGGAAAUUUCAUACCGAUGACAUGUCUCUAUCCAGAUCUGGGCAGUGCUUCUGAUUGGUCACGCUGCAUGGGAAAUUUGCUUCAACCAAUCAAAAGAACUACCCAGAUCUGGGUAGUAAUGUAUCGUCAGUAUUGUAGAGAAACUGUAUUUUUGUGCUUGUUUCGUAAUACCCUUUCGCCAUUUCAAGAAAGUCGUCGCAUCCACCGAGAAGAAUUCCUUUGCCACCACGAUCAACCAAUUCGCGCCAAAUGAGAGGAGAACUAACAUGCUGCCAACAUUUCUCUUCACAAGUCAUUUUUAGCCAGAUUUCCCAAUCUUCAGGCUGCUUAACAAUCUUAUGGAUUUUGAAAUCUGGAAGAUUUAGCGCCAGUUGGUCAGCAAGAAGUUCUGCUUUGGCAUAGAAAGGGCAAUUUGCCUUUCCAGCAAUAACAUACUUCGCCAUUUUGUUUUCCGAAUCUUCUUUACCGUCGUUACCAUAGCAAUUUUGAGUUCGAUCCUGUAUCGCGGGCUCGCACAAGAACACGUGCUUCAAAUUCAAGAUGGCGGACGACGGCAGUGAAGAAGAAGCCAGUCAAUCAACUUUAACUUUAGCUCUUGAUUCCAACAAGCAGAAAGAAUUUGAAGAUAAAGUUAAAAAGCUAAAAGCACAGGUAAGUACAUUUUUUGUCUUGAAAGGUGGUAAGAAACCCGGUUUAGUUCUUAUCGUCCUUAUGCCUUUGUUUAAUAGACAUCUGGCAAAUUUCAUAUGGUAUUUGUGUUGUUUUUCCAGGCUGAAGACUUAACCCCUGGUGUAAUUUACCUCGGUCACAUUCCCCAUGGGUUUUAUGAGAAUCAAAUUCGUGACUUUUUCUCACAGUUUGGCACUGUAAAUAAAGUCAGACUCUCAAGAUGUAAGAAGGUAAAUACUAACAAUGAUAAAAAAUAUUGCUGGAACAGUAAAAUAUCCUCACGGCACACCUAUUACCCUGUCACGGAGAACUAAGUUAUGAAAAGAUGCCGCGACUGUUAGGGCAAUAGGCGUGCCAAACAUUGCGCAAAGGCGGUGCCAACUGCCACCAGGGGAGGUGGGAGGGGUGAAACUUAAACGCCACUUUUACCAAACUCCGUAGAACUGGCCAGGAAGCGGCUAAAACCAAGCUAUUUGAAGUGAGGGCCGCAAGGCAUUAUGCGCGGCAGCACGCAGGCCCGGCAGGAAGGAAUUUAACUGAGUUAAACCUUCCUGUGUUACGAGCUAAUUAUGUAUGCAGUGAGAAUAGUUUUUUCAAAGAAACCGUUUUUUUUUAUAAUUUAGUGCGUCUUGUAUAAAUUUGAUUGAAUGACAGUUGUGCCCAUACUGUGCAUCUUACACACCUCAUGAUUGGCCCAAUUGUUACGUCUGCGUGAUGGUUUGGCCCAGUGAGACAUCAAAAUUCGCAGCGUUAAGGGAGUUGGCAAGGAACAUUUACGGUAAACAAUGAAAGAGCAGUUCGAACUUGAAACCCUUCUUCUGAACAAAAAAAAAUGCUUUGAGAGAAUUCCUUCAAGGAAACACAUAAACGUAAAUUUGCUGACUUGAUUUCCAGCGUCUUCCAUCCGCUGUAGAUGCACUGCCCUGUAUUCUGUAAUCUAGUCGACAGUUCUAGUGUCAAAACAAAUCAAGAAAUCAUGAUAUUCACAGACAAAAAAAAACCUAAACUCGCGUCAGACACAUAGCUAUUCAGGUCCAGGCAUUUCGGAGAAAACCAAAGACACUAACCAGCUUCCUGGACUCAAAGCAGCAAAAAUGAUUUGCUCAUUCAAAGUUUAGAAUACUUCAUGCACUGCAUAAGCAAGAAAGACCUCUGUUGUUAAAGCUCUAAGGUCACGUUUCACACAUCACAAGCUCGUUCUCUCUUGUCAGGAGCCAUGAGUCAUGUUUGGCCUGUGAACAAUUUGCUUCAAAUCAGACUAAUCACAAACUGAGUAAGAAACUAGCCAAUCAAAAACGCCAACAUAUGUCCAAACAGGAUUUUGUGCACAUAAUCUUCAUAAUGUAUAUAAUAAUUUCUAAAACUUUCAUUAAGAUUGAUUCACUAUAUCACCUUGAUAUUUCAAGACAAAUCUGUCCUACUUACUGGUCAAAAAUCUGCAUUACAACAUUCACUGUUUUGACGUUAUGCUAAUUUGUCCAAAAUAAUGCACACUAUACAUACCUCCAUGACUAGUACAUUUUAGUUUGAAUUUAUGGCGUCUUUUGAAUGUAAAAUAUUGACAAUACUAACACUGAAAUGUACUAGUCAUUGAUAUAUGUAUUAGUCAUUUCUUGAUUUACAAAGUACUGCAGUUGAUUAUUUUUGUUAGCUUUUCUGGUUGAAUUAUUUUGAGUUUUUCCUUUUUCUAACCCUCAGACUGCAAGAUCAAAAGGUUAUGCCUUUGUUGAAUUCGCUUGUGAUGAAGUGGCCAAAAUUGUAGCUGAAACUAUGCAUAACUACAUGAUGUUUGGAAAAUUAUUAAAAUGUGAGUAUAAAAAAGCAAAAGAUUUUAGUUAACAUAUAGAAUAACAUCGUUACUACAUGUAUCACUGUUCAAGGCUGUGCUCAAAGAAAUUGAAGGGAGCCCAGAUGCUCAUGAGUUAACUGUUUAGUCUGAAAGCACAACUACUGUCAAGAGUAAAAGCACAUUUACUGAAGCCAUAUGCUACAAUCAUAUUUCCUUGUGGCUCAAAAAGUGUGCAAAAGAAAUUUGCAAAGCAUUCAUUUCUGUAAUAGCUUGCUGAUGUGGGCAAGAGGGUGUGAAGUGUUUGCGGACAUCUUGUCUCAGAUUUCUUAGUUAUUUAGUGAUAAGGUUGAUGCACUGUCAUAUACAGUAAAAAUCUGUGACUAAACACCUGCAUUUUUCCAAGUUGAGCAUUGUAUCACUUCAGGACAUCUCAAAGAAGAAGUAUUUACAGAAUUAUUUAUAAUCAUGUAAUAAAGAUUAAAAGAUUUUAAGACGGAAUCCAUUAGGAAAUUGAGUAAUUUUAAUUUUUAGUGGACAAAAAGCUUGUACCAGAAUUAAUUUAAAGUAUAUUGUAUUCUUUUUUAAAAUUUUCGAGGGCUAAAGAUGUAAUUAGUCAUCUGUAAUAACACUAAAGAAAAUUUCUGAUGAGUGCCCUAGAAAAUGAAUGUCAAAUUUCACAAAAUUACAUCUUACACAUGAAAUUUUCAAAAUUUUGCCUGUAUUUUCACAAUUAUUGUGAAAUUUGAUGUUCAUUUUCUUGGACUCCCAUGAGAAAUUUUCUUUGGUGUUAUUACAGAUGACUCAUAAGAUCUUUAGCCCUUGAAAAAUGCAAAAAAUAAUGCAAUAGUCUUUAAAUUAUUCUGGUACAAGGUUUUUGUCCACUGAAAAUUAAUAUUACUCAAUUUCCUGGUGGAUUCUGUCUUAAUACUAUAAAAAGCCACGACUAAUGGCUGAAUGGCUGUUUAAAACUUCUUCAGUUACUUGCUGGUGAUUAGCUUGAAAUUCUGGUUGCCAGCUCUCAAUAAAAUAUUUCUAGGUUGCUUGGCAACCAGCUGGUCACAAUUUUGGACCCUUUACAUAAGAAAAUAGUAGGGAGAAUUAAGCAGUUAAUUACACGUCACUUACACCUUAAAUGUUCAUUUUGUUUUUGAAAACUUUGUAGACAUUGUAGGUUAAUGCAAAAAAUUAUGGCUCUAGACAGUAUUUCUACAGUAAUCCAUGUGUCUCAAUUUUUCCUGAAUUGCUUUGAAAUAGUUUCUUAUAAGUUUUCCUUUUACAAUAUUCUAUUGAUACUUCCACACACUAAUUUUGCUGAAAAAUUACUGACUUUGGACUGUGGCUUAAAUGUUUUCGAGAAGUGUUGUUUUUUUCUUUCUCAGGCAAAGUUAUUCCCAAUGAAAAAGUUCAUCCAAGACUUUGGAAAGGAUCAGACAGAAAGUUCCGUUACAUAAAUUGGAAGAACGCUGAAAAAAAGAAACAGAACAAGGUGAUGAUUGAUAGCCCCUGAAAACAGCCAACAUUUUGCAAUGCCCCACUGGUUUCCCCACAAAAUGACCCCUGAUGAACGAGCACGGAAAUUUCAUACCGAUGACAUGUCUCUAUCCAGAUCUGGGCAGUGCUUCUGAUUGGUCACGCUGCAUGGGAAAUUUGCUUCAACCAAUCAAAAGAACUACCCAGAUCUGGGUAGUAAUGUAUCGUCAGUAUUGUAGAGAAACUGUAUUUUUGUGCUUGUUACUCAGACGUCAUAUCUGGGGGAUACCAAUGGUGGCAUUGUAAAAUGUUGGCCGUUUUCUCAGUCUUUAUUAUUGAUAGAUUGUAAAUGCACACUUUGAGCUUGAAAAGAUACCUCUUUCAGUCCAAGCCUUCCUGUAUAGACCACUAUAGACCCUGGGUGGACACUGGGUAUAAACUAUUUUCUAACAACUCCCCAAGCUGAACUAGACUACCAAGCUGAAUUUUACUUAUAAUCACAUGAAUUUAAAUUCAUAUAAAAGUUAUAUACUCUCAGCUUUCUCUAAAUGGAAACCUGCCAUAAACAGAUGCCUACAUUGUAGAACUGGUCCCAGCUUGUUUUCAACAUUAUUCUCAUUUAUUCUCAAGACAAGGUCGUAUGUAGGGGUGAGAAAAUGAGAAAUGCUUUAUAAGGAGGCAGUGUGGCCAAGUGGUCAGCGCGUCGGACUCGCAAUCUUGCAGUCCCAGGUUGAGUCCCGCUCUGGCGACUUGCUGGUUUUGUAUUUGGUCAUCCUGAGUUCAAAUCCUCGGCCAUGCUUGUAAAUAGCCAACUGGUUGCCUCCUAACAGUUAGGGUUUUUUAAUCCUGUUAUGUUAUAUUUGAAUUAUUUGUUUCUAAGUAUUUGGGUGGAUUGCCUGUGAACUAGGUGGAUAAGCUAAGUGCACUCUCCUCUAUAAACCAAAGCCUUUAAACCUUUUUAAAACCUUUUAUGUCACUUGGUGUCAGUGCCCAGUUCCUAUCUUGGGGAUCAAGAGUAAUUAACUUUUGAAAGGGGCUUACAUCAAGGUAUUCACUAAGAUUUUAUAAUUAUUUUUAUGCACACCUUUCAGGAAAAGACUGACAAAGAACAUGGGAAGCAAGUAAAGAAUAUUCUCAAGAAAGAAAAUAAGAAAAGGAAAAAGAUAAAACAGCUAGGAAUUGAUUAUGAAUUUCCAGGAUAUGUAAGUCAUCGUUGUGCUGAUUACCAUUCAAUUUAACAAAGUUAUCAGCAAUGAGCACAGGGUCCAGAGGAGAUAUGUUUGUCGUUAGAACAUCAAAACCGUCAAAAACCUCUGAAAAAAUGGGUUAUUUUGAUGGCGUUACAGUUUCGUUACACAUCCUAUAGACCACAAACCAACAGACUGAGGGUUCGCAAGAUCAGCUUACUUGGCACUUCGUGCCUCGGUCGCCCUUUGGGUGACGUGCCAUGCGACAGCGAGGAUAUGGCUUGUGGUUAUUGAUUUUCAAAAUGGUGAACAACAAAGUCGGUCUUGAUCCCAGAUCCAUUGGGCUAAUUAAUUGUGCUAAGCGACAGGUAUAGACAUUUUUCAAGGUGAGACUUUAAACAAGUAAUUCAUUUAUUCUCACAAAACUCCUCUGGACCCUGUGCGAUGAGAAGCUGGUUUGUUAACAGUGAUCAUUAGUAGCUGAAUAUUGGUGCAUGUUUGGAGCACUUGAUCCUCAUGUAGCCAUACAAAACAUAUUCCAGGGUGCUGAAGCAUGGCAGAUUUUCUGUGGAGUGUUCAUCCAAUUAUCAUUUCAUUUCUAUCUGUCCCUUCCCAAUCCCUUUCCUAUGUUAAAUCAGGGGUUGAAAAAUCUUGAAUUCCAGCUUCUCCUUUGGACAAGCAGCUCUCACAUUUGCUUGUUCUGCGCCACUUCUUGCUUGCCUUAAGUAAUGAUUUUGUUUAAUACAGGAUGACUUGCCGCACCCUUACCCAUUGGACAAGUAAGCUUUAAAAGUUACUUGCCCAGCAAGAAAAUGUGGUGAAAUUUAGGUUUCUGGGAAACUGCCCACCUACCCCUCCCCUAACCCAACAUUUUGCCCUAAGUGAGAAGUAAACAUUAAUAAUAAUGUUGGCUUAGGGGAGGGGUCAGUGGGUAGUUUCCCAGAAAGCUACAUUGAUCCGAAAAUGUAUUGUCCCGGACGGGACUUUUUUCAAAUCGUGUAAGUGAGUGUGACUGGUCCAUGCCAAUAUGGGGGCUCACGGUUGGGUUGAAGUUUUUGGUCAUGGAAGUUGUCACUGUGUAAGGUUGCCUGAUCCCCGUGACUCUUUGGCAUUUCCAGGUACUAAUCUUUCAUAUACUUACAGUGUGACGCAUGAAUUGAUUCAUUUCAUAUAUUUCAAUGAACAUAACUCUGUAAACAGUCCACAAAACCAGAUUUUGGGGAGCUGAAUAGCCCGAGUAGUGUUCAUGGUUCUGUUUUAACCAAUCGAAAACUUCUUCCUUAUCACCUUUGCCCUUUUUACACAGGCCUCUGAGAUGAAAGCAAAACGUCCAAAACACACAAGAUUUGACAGAGAAGAAAACAAAGAGUAAUGGAAAAGCCAAUGUUUCUUAUGUAUAAAGAAAAACAUUUCAGCCAGUACAACAAAAUACAGCAAGCCGCUUGGGAUUUGGUCAGCUUUCAAAGAAAGAAAGUGGAAGUUUGUCUCUAUUUAAACAUGACGGUUUUGCUAAUACCUCUCCAAUGUUAUAAGUUUUGAAAAAUUGUCAUUCUCUAUAACUGAAUCAAAAAGAGAGCAUUAAUUAUUUUAGUUGUCUGAGCAUGUUUUAUGGGGUUCUCGAAUAGGACCUCUGGAUCCUUUAAGAGAUGAAUGCCUGCAUAUGUGAGUACUAUUGCCGUGCCUCAACUUCGGUAAAAUCUCGCCUCAGAAUCUAAAGGUCUCUUAUCUCAGUAAUAAAUAGCGAAGUGCUUGUUAAAAAUGACGGUUUAACACAAUUAUACCACGGUCAAGGUGUGAUAUUACUGAUUAUAUGUUUAUUUGCGAUAAAGCGAAUUUUUUUGUAGAUGGUAAAAUACUUUAUACAGCAAACUGUUCACUUCACAGUCCCCUAUUUUUCCGUAAGAUCGUCGGCCAUCUUAGGAAAAAUAAGAGACUGUGAAUAGUCUAUUGUACAAUUGUGUACACUUCUCAUUUGUUGGCUGUUUCUUUUUAUUGCCUACUCGCUAAAAAAGUGCUGACAGGGCUCAAACCCAAGACAACUCUGACUAUACCCUGCGAGCAGAGGCAACAUUUUCGCUGUGUGAGCUGUCGUGCGAAAAGUAGUCUGUGAUUACGGAGAGGUGCUAUAAUCGUAGCCUGUGAACAGAACGUGCUUCUUUUCGCCCAUUUGUUCACCAGUCUUUUCAAACCGCAGAUCCACGAGAAGACUUAUGAUAUUUUAAAUUUACUCGAUUCUCGUGUGAUCAAGUCGUGCGCUAGCAUCAGUAGCAAUUCAUAGCAAUGAUGCGUAAAACAAAAUUAAGUAGAUCAAUUUUUAAAAUGGGAAAUGUGCUAAAAGAAAAUCAUCGUGUCACGAGUUUGGGGACAAAAAUUAACAUGAAGUCUGAAUUUUU